GGGCGGAGCGGAGCCGAGGGCGCGGAUCGGCCACGACGGCGAGGAGGCAGAGGAGGAGGAAGAAGAGGAGGAAAAAGGAGAGGAGGAGGAAGAGGAGGAGAGCGCGGCGUGCCGGACACAGCUGUGCGCUCCCCGCGCCCUCAGGAUGAAGAUGGUCAGUGUCCUGCUGGUUUCGCUCUGGCUGUCCAUGGUCACCCUUGGCAGAGGCUCAGAGCGCUGCGAUGACUGGGGUGUGGACACCAUGAAGCAGAUCCAGAUUUAUGAUGGGGAACCUGCCAAGAUCAAAUGCCCACUUUUUGAGACCUUCUUGAAGUACAAUUACAGCACAGCCCAUUCUGCUGGCCUAACCCUGAUCUGGUACCGGAUCGCGCAGGACCGGGAUCUGGAGGAGCCCAUUAAUUAUCGUCUCCCUGACAAUCACAUCAGUAAGGACAAAGACACCCUUUGGUUCUGGCCUGCACUUCUCAAUGACACUGGGAAUUACACCUGCAUGCUCAGGAACACAACCUACUGCAGCAAAGUUGCUUUUCCCUUGGAAGUUGUUCCAAAAGACCAGAACUCUUGUGUGAGCCAUUCCAUAAAACCCACUGAGGAGAUGUUCUACUUGGAGCAUGCCAAUCAGAAGAUCACAUGCCCAGAUAUCGAUGGGUUUUACCCUGCCAGUGUGACACCAACUGUCAAGUGGUACCUGAACUGCAACUCGGUGGAUGGCUUCUAUGAGCGAUAUCCCCAGGGGCCCAGGCUUGUCAUUGGCAUUGUCCGCAGUGCCUACAAAGGGAAUUACACUUGCAUUGUGACAUUCAAGGACCAUGGAAGAACCUAUAAUCUCACCAGAACCGUAAAGAUGAAGGUGGUGGGAUCUCCAAACAAGGCCUUGCCACCACAGUUCACCUCUCCAAAUGAGAAAGUUGUGUACGAACUGGAAGCAGGUGAUGACCUUAUCCUGCCCUGUGAGGUUUUCUUCACAUUCCUGAAGGACUCCCGGACUGAGGUGUGGUGGACCAUAGAUGGGAGAAACACAGAUGACAUCACCGACCCCAAGAUAAAAGUCACACAAAGUGAAACUACCAGAGAUUUUGAAGACAAGACUCUGGUGAGGACUCUGACAGUGGCAAAAGCCACGGCGGAGGAGCUGAAGCGGAAUUACACUUGCCACGCCCGGAACGCCAAGGGCGAGGAGCGCAGCCAGGCCGUGGUGCGCAUGAAAGUUGUAGCACCCAAGUACACAGUGGAGCUGGCCUGUGGCCUGGGGGCCACCAUCCUGCUCGUUGUGGUGCUCAUAGUCAUCUAUCACGUGUAUUGGCUUGAAAUGGUCCUCUUCUAUCGGGCUCAUUUUGGAACGGAUGAAACCAUUCUAGAUGGGAAGGAGUAUGACGUGUACGUGUCGUACGCGCGCAACGCCGAGGAGGAGGAGUUCGUGCUGCUGACGCUGCGCGGGGUCCUGGAGAAUGAGUUCGGCUACAAGCUGUGUAUCUUCGACAGAGACAGCCUCCCUGGGGGAAUUGUCACAGAUGAAACCCUGAGCUUCAUCCAGAAAAGUCGGCGUCUGCUUGUUGUCCUGAGCCCCAACUACGUCUUGCAGGGGACACAGGCCCUGCUGGAGCUCAAGGCUGGCCUAGAGAAUAUGGCCUCCAAGGGCAACAUCAAAGUCAUUCUAGUGCAGUACAAAGCCAUCAAGAAGAGCAAAGUGAAGGAACUGAAGCAGGCCAAGGCAGCCUUGAAUGUCAUUAAAUGGAAAGGCGAGAAAUCCAAGUUCCCAAAGGGCAGGUUCUGGAAGCAGCUGCAGGUGGAAAUGCCAGUGAAAAAAAUUAGCAGGAGUUUAAGCCUUGAUGGGUUGAUGCAUAUCCCUGAAAAAUGUUUGACCCAGUCAGAAAACAAACCAAAACACAUCUCAAAAGUCCACAAGUUAGGCCAGGGAGUGAGGAGGAACUCAGGGUUUUUUCCAUGAAGGACCAUGUCCCAAGCAUUUCAGAGGAUAGUCAUGUUUUCCCUGCAGCUUUGAUAUUGCUCUGUCAUUAGAAAUGAAGAUGCAAACACCUGCUUUCUGCAAAUGUAUGUCCUUGUUAUCAACCACACAAGCCCUGGGCUUAAGGUUUAAAUUUGCUAUCUAGGUGGGAUGCAUCCAGCACCUUGUGAUAGCAUGGCCAGUACUCCUAGAUCCAGUUCCUGUGGGACCUUCAUUAGCAUCCAGGACAGAGCUUCUUUCCAGUCCUAAGUAACUUCACUCCUUUCUGGUCCUCAGUCCCUGUUGCAGAGGCUGAGGAACAAUUUGCAAGGUGGCUCCUGUGUGGAGCCUUUUUUGCAUGUCCCAGGUCUGUAGUCCCAAUCACUUGUGGGAUCACAGACUCCUGCUGCACUGUGGGGAGCAUGGAAUUUUGAAGCUCCUCAUCUCUGUUCCCCAAAUUUCCUUUGAAGCAGAUGCAUCCAGAUAGUUUGGCCAUGGGAAAUGGCUGUUACAGAAGUAUUAAAAAAAACCCCACAACUGUACUGGGUGCUAUUUGUAUUGUAGCACAUGUAGGAACAAGUGUCCCAAUCUCUGGGACUCUGCAGUCUCACAGGUGCCCCAGACCCUUCAGAGCUGCUUGUAAUCCAGGGAAAUCUCUCAUGAGUGCAGGCUGUGGAGCAUGUGAGAGAUGUUUAUUUGUAGAGUAAACUCAGGGACUUCACAAGCACUACAAGGAACCCCAAUGUACUACUGAACCUGCCUACUCUCUGUGCCACUAGCUGGGGGAAAGCAUCAUGCAAGGUGCUUCCAAGGUCUUUGGAAUAACAUGGAUAUAAGUACAACUCAGAAGGACACCCCAGAAACUUACUUGAAUUUCCUAAAAGCUACUAAUUCUGUCCAUGUAGGUAAGACUGUGAGGACAGGCUGAGAAAGCUGGGGAUGUUCUCCCUGGAGAAGGCUUUUUGUGGCCUUUCAGUGCUUAAAGGGAGCUUACAAGAAAAGUGGGGACAGACUUUUUAGUAGUGCCUUUUGCAAUUACCCCUUUAUGGACAAGGAGUAAUGGUUUUAAACUAAAAGAGAAUAGAUUCAGACUACAUUGAAGGAGGACAUCUUUUACAAUGAGGGUGGCAGAACACUGGCACAAGUUGCCAAGGGAGGUGGAUACCCCAUCCCUGGAACCAUUCAAGGCCAGGUUGGACAAGGUUGUGAGCAAUCUGAUCCAGCUGAAUAUAUCCCUGCUUAUUGCAGGGAGGGUGGCCUUUCAAGGUUCUUCCCAACCCAAAUUAUUCUAUGAUUUUAUAAUGACUCUCUUCAAUACCUGGUUUUGAACAACGUCGCCACUUCUAAUUCAGGGUUUAGGUUUAAACUAGCUUUGACUUUACAAAGCAAGUCUCGCCCCAUCUUGAUUCUAGCCCAAAGCUGCAGAACAGAGAGUGUAUCUCAGCUUCUGCAACAUUUGCACAAAACAGAAGCACAAAACCCUGCUGUGUAGGUGUCCUUGCUUCAGCAGGAGAGGGCAUGGUGAGUUAACCUCCAUCACGCAGUUCAUGCUGAGGAGGGGAGUUUAAUCUCUCCUGUAGGACAAACCAAAUCACAGUGGGGCCCUGGCAUUGACUGGUGCUAUGGUUCACAAUGUUGUCAAAUAAAACUUCAGGCUCUGGAGGUGUCUCCACACUCCUGCAGCUCUUAGUGCAAGGACCUGCCCACUUAAUUGUGGACUUCAGUAUUACACACACCAAGUGCAUACUUAUUUUUAUUAGUGAUGGUUGCUCCUGAGUCACCUUUGACUCAUGCAUUUAUUCUCUUGGUGUCCAGUGGGUGAGGCAUUAGCAUUUAUAAUGGUACUAUAAAAGCACUACAAUUAGGAGUCUAUGCACUAUUCACCCAGAUGAGCUGGGAGCUUUGAGGGCGUCCCAGUAAAAAGCCCAGCCUUAAAGGUGUGGGACUGGAUGGUGUCAGGAAAACCUUUUGCCCUUUGCAAAAAGCAUUUUAUUAUUAAUAAUGUUAUUCCAGGGCUGCAGGGAGCUACAGCCCCCCAUGCCCUUAGUCAGGUACUGUAUGUUGUGUUUAGGAAUGGCACCCCACAAUUCAGGGCUCCCCCUGAAACCAUGUGCCCCUCAUUUCCCCCUCCCCCUUCUUCUGCAAAGCGAGGGAGAGAAGAAUUGGAGGCACAAAAGGUAAAGAUCCUGCCAUCAGAUAAGAAAAAUUUACUGGAAAUAGUAAUGAGAUAAGAAAAUGAAUAUUAACAACAACAAUAUUGGUGAUAGAGGGUACAAGAAAUGAAUAAUUCCCAUGGACAAACCCCCUGAUAAUUUACCAUUCCUUCUGCUGCCUUCACUGGCCCAGCUGCGCUGUGCUGGGACCCUUUCUCUCCAAAAGAGACCCCCUUCCCUCCACCCCUUGCAAAUGCAAGGUGGUGUAGAAUAACUUCAGUGUCCUGGACGUGCCCCCUCCUGACUACUGCAAAAACUAACCCUGUCCUGGCUGGAACCAGGACACUGUACAGAUGUCUAACAAAUAGGGCUUCUUUCUUACCGUCCUCUUCAUCUUUCCCACCCCAAGUAAACUUUGAUUUAAGCAGGUAGAAUUGCAGUCAGCUUCACUGGAGGCAGUGGAGCUCCUCAUCUGCUCAGAGGUGCUUAAAAGUUUUAUUAUGAGCUUUUCUACUGUGGUUGUCUGUGGAGGGACAGAGCUGCUUCCCACACUCCAGAAAACUUCAUUUAUAAGAGAUAGCACCCAAACCCGCGCUCGGCUUUGUGAACCCAUUGCAACCCUCUCAUUGUGCCCAGCUUCACCUUUUUGUUUGUGUUUUAAGCAUCUCUGUAAUCAGCUGCCAGAUCUGCAGGCAGAGGGAAGGCCUUGAAGCCAAAACAGAGCUGUAUUAGGUUCCAUUUAAUUUUUAAAAGAUCAGCUCCCAAAUACUCAUAAAUUGAAUUGACAUCUCAGACCUCACCACAUCAUAUCUCACUUUUACCCGAGUUACCAAGAGGUUUUAUGCUGAUGUUUUAGUAAGUCUGAUUAUUUUAGGAAGUUAAAUCCACCUCAGGUAUUUUGCUGAUUUUAUUGGAAGAGUUGUCCAAAUAAUUAAUAGGCCUGGACUUUCUCAGGCAUACACUGCAGUCGCCUUUGGUGUCAUUGCAACCCCAGAGCAGGGUUACUGAGAGACAUCAGCAGAGCAGCCACAAGGCAAAAGGUGUGAUGGUUUGGAAGGGGCCUGAGAGGUCAGAGGAAAGGAGCAGUGUGGAAGGAACAGUCCAGAAGCAGGUCCCACUCACCAGGAGCUUUACCACUGGCUUUGCUGGGUAUUUCAGGCCAAGGGUAAAGCCCAGUCCCAACUGUAAAGCAGAUGUGCAAGUGCCUCAGAUAUGCCUGUCAUUUCAUUCUAUUCCACAUGCAGUUUCCAUUGUGGGAUUCUGUCACAGCAUCCAUCUGAAUCAGUUGAUUUGAGUUUCUGUGCUCUAACCUAACAUUUAUCAACAUGCAGCUCAUACAAAGUUCCUCAUUGUUUUUUCAUUGGGAAACAGUGUGGCACAAAUUGGAAAAAAUAUCUUCCCUUCCCGUGCUGUUUGAUGUUGUACAGCUGUUGCAGAGUUUUCCCUUUGCUGUAUGUUUUUGCCUUUGUGUGAUUUGGUUUGUGAAGUGUCAGUAUUAUUUUAUUUUGCUUUUCAAUAAAACAUUUUCAUUUUUGCAUUUCAGUCCUUGUGCAUUUCUCAUAAGUACCAUCUUCCCAUUAUGUCUGCAAAAUGCUGUUAAAAAAAGAUGAUUGUGUGUAGUCCAAGCAUCAAGAUCAUUUGGGGCUUCUCCUUGGAAUGGGACAUUUUCCUGGCUGUUUCUUGCUGUGCCUGCAGAGGCACCUGAGCUCCCAGGACCACCCAAGCAGAAACACAGUGGCACACAGCACUCAGAUGUCUCACAGCAGUGAACACUUGCACACAGAAAGUCUCUGAUCUGAAGAGUGCUCACUUGGCAAUCACCAGACAGAAAGAUGGGAAGGCAACAUAAUCUCUGCUUUAAAUAUCAAAUCAGAAUUUUAGAAAUCUGCCAAAUCCACAGAAAUCAAACUCACUCUCGGGCUACUUUGCCCAUCAGUUUCUAGGUUCAGUGAGAUUCAUAUUUUCUCAUCCAAGUCACUUUCUUGCCCAUUUCCCAUGUUUGCCUGCCUGCAGGUAAGUUGAGAGACAGGCCAGCACUUGCAGACCAUUAGCAAAAUGAGUACCUGUGACCAUCUUUGGAUUUGAGGUUUAUGGAUAUAGGAUCUGUGACCAUAAUCCUUAUAAUCUGUUACAUCUUUGGGGUGAACUGGGGAGACACAAGUAAACCAGUAAAAAUAGGCAGUGCCUUUUGUAAACAUUUAGUAAAGAUGGAAGGUUUUGUAGUAAAAAGCAGAUAACCAAGAGUAUUGAAUCCCCAGGUACCUGCAGUGUUAUUGCUGCCUGUCCCAUCCAGUGCUGUUUCACUGAGGGGGAAGAUCCUACCUGCACACUGUGAAGUGUCUGCUCAGGAUUUUUCCUGAGCUGGGUAAACAUUGCAAACUGAGCAUCCCAAGGUAUCCUGGUCAGCCAAGUCUAAAUGCAUCCCUUUCUCAAAAUCAAAUAUAUCUUUGGAAAUUUGAACACCUUCCUUGCAAAAAAACCCAAACAACAAGUCACAAAAUAAAAAAAGACUGUCGAAAAACAUGAGUGUCAAAAUUAAAAGUCUCAAAAAGCGUUGCAAAUUCAAAAUUGAUAAAAGAAAACCAGCACUGUCACCUCAAUCAAAACAUUUCAUUUCAGCAGCAUCAGAGUCAUUCAUGUUAAUUGAACCUGGACUUUUUGAACAGGCAGGUAGACCUCCUAGGGGCUGCUCCUGCUUACAUUUUGCUGUGGUUCUGUGAUUCCAGUUUCAAAAAGAAAGACCUUUCAAACAGCAAAAGAGCUUUUUCUUUCACAAACUGUUGAAGCCUGGCUGUUUUCAAAAUAGAUUUCAAUCACUUGUAGAAGAGUUUGAAUGAGGUCUGGACUUAGGAAUUGCUGCCAAUUCUUUAUGCCUUUGAAACAGGGUGGUAAAAACAUGUCAUGGUGGUAAGUGACAACUCUGACAGAACUGACUAUCAUCUACUUUUAGUUUCAAUGAAUCAGUGUUGUCCUGUGUGUGUUGGGGGUAAAAAUCCCACUAACCUUUUUAUACAAGAAGAAAAACCCCUCAAAACAAUUUGAUUUUAAUCCCAGUAUUUUAUUAACCAAACAGUGCCCUACUUUCUCCAUUAGCAUUUUACUGUAUGAUCAUUUUUUCUAUCUGGGUCUCCACAUACUCUAGUGACAAUGAGUUUUACAGCUAGUCAUAUUCUUUGAAAAGUACUGCUCUGUACCAUAUUAAAAUAAGGUGCAUUCAGAUGCAACACAGUGCACCUUUUGCUGUGAGAUGAGACAGCCAAGUGCUGGGAGAAUCAAGAGGCAUUGCCAUUGCAGGGAAGGAACAGUAUUUUUAUUCAUAUAAAGGAGCAGUGUUCCACUGUCAGGGAGAGAGGAGAGUCUCCAGCCUGAGGAAUGAAGGCUUUAGCAGAAAAAUGGAAGGGAAGCAGGAGGUAGCUCUUCUUCCCAGAACAGCUCUUUGAAAGACAUUCCUAGAGGCAGAUUUCUCUCUCUGAAUUUGCAAGAGCUCUUACUCUAAUGAUCCUUGUCUUGCUUGAACACCAGUUUGUCCUUGGGUCCCCUCUCAUCUCAGGCACCAGCACUUAGUAAGUGUAUGGGUUUUUAAAGUUUUUUCCUGUUUUAUUACUCAGCUUUCGUUAAAUUGCUGAGUGCCACAGCCAUAUAGUUCCCAUCCUUUCCACUGCUCACCCUUUAGCCACUACACUUUCAAUAUACUUUCUGUGUCCCAAGCCACAGGUAGAAGUCCAAGGACAUCCUUCAGGUUUGCUGCUUUUCAAAAUUGGUAAUAAAAGAGAUGUUGCUCUUGCCUGGCACCAUUUCACCUAAGCUUCUUCCUGAGCUUUACAACUUGCAAUUAAUCCCAAGAAAUGCUUUGAAGGACAGUAUUUCCACCCCCCAUCAUGCUUAGGGGAACUGGUGGAGGGGUUUAAGGCUGACAUUUUUGCUUUCUAAAUUUGGAGGUUUCUUCUUAAAGGUGAGAGAGCAUGACAGGGGCGAGAUGGGUCAGCCCCUGCAGUUUGAGCUGGGACAGGAUGACGUGAUUGCUUUGAUCCCCUAAUGCAAAGAAUUGCUCAAGCUGUGGGCAGGUGGUUCCCAAACAAGACCCAUCCUUUAUCAAAUACCUGCACUUCUCUGGGCGUGACCGGUGCUGUGCAGAAGUCAGAGUACAAUCAUGGCAUAUCCUGGCUUCUCAUUUACCUCCUCAGCCUUCUCAAAAACCCUCUGCACAGCACAAAUGCUGCCAGCAGGAGAGUGGGCAAGUUGAAAGUCACAGAGCUUGUGCCAGGUUUCCCUCUGUGGGAAGAGGGAUCUGUGCAGGUAUGCCACCAAACAGCUUCCUCAGCUUUUCUCUCCCCACUCCCUCCUCCUUGUGCACCCCAACUCCUCUGCCCUUGUACUCUUAGAUACCACUGAAGCCGUGUUCGACUUCAUCCAGAGGAGCC